UGAUGGAUUCCGAGGCUUUUCGAUGUUACCGGAUGUAGUUCGCAGCUUUGUUUUCUAGUUUAUCAUUAAUGAAAUGUUUUGAGUUUAUGUAGCACUGCGAUGUUAAUCUGGCGAGAUAAUAUUCAGAUUGUUAAAGAUUUCUCUGUUCUAAACAGAAACAGUGACCGUCAGCUUGGUUUUAUUCUGAAAAGCCCAGCCGGAAGUGUGUUGGCAGCAGCGUCGUCAGCUUGCUGAUGAUGACAUCAUGGAGGUCCGUCUCUGUCUGCGACAUGACUCCUUCAGCCGGAGACGCUCCGCCUAAACCCGCUUCAGUCGGUGAGAAGGAGCCGCUGGUUCUGGUUCUGGUUCCGGUUCCGGUCCGGUCCGGCGUUACUGGGUCACAGCGAGCUGCUGGCAGAACAGACCGAGGACGGACUGACCUGUUGGAGCCGGAGAAUUAAACCCAGAGUAACCGGAACCAUGCUGGCCCGGUUCGGCUGAUGUUCUGAGUGGAGAGAUGCAGCAGAAGUUGUGCUCCAGAGGUUCUGGCUCCUUCCUGUUGGAGAGGAACGGCCAGGCCUGCGGCGCCUUCCCGGACUCCGUCACUUCCUGUGAGCUCCCGUUCCGAUGCCCCCGAUGCGGCGAGCAGCAGCGGUUCCGCAGCCUGGCCUCGCUGCGGGCCCACCUGGAGUACCGCCACUCCUACCGCUCUCCGGACGUGGUGUCUGGAGACUUCAGCAUCACGGGGUCGCACCCCGACCCGCUGGCAGCCGCCAUCGCCUGGCAGGACGCCAGCCUCCCGGCCCGCAGGGGGCAGCACGGCGCCGCGCGGCCGCCUCACGUCCGCUCCCUCAGCGACAGCAGAGACAGCGGCUACCUGCACUCCUACGGCGCGGUGAGGAGGCGCACCCAGAGCGUCGGCGUGGGGACGCAGGAGGAAGAGGUGGAUGAUGAAGAUACAGGAGAGGAAGAGGAGGAUGGAGAGGAAGCAGAAGAGACCAGAGACGAGUCCGAAGUCAAACAUUCAGACUCAGGACGCCUCCGUCAUCUCCGGUUCCCUCCGGCGUCCCCGGACCCGGACCUGAACCCGAACCUGGACCUGGUUGCGCAGAGCUCCUACUGCGGCCGGGAGACGGCGGCGGCCUCGGCGGCGGUGCGGCGGCGGCUGGCCGGCAUCCUGCGGGCCGCCGACGGCACCAUGCAGCGGCGCCUGGCCAAGGUCAGCACGGAGCUGGCCCGGACCGACACCGAGCUGCUGUGUGAGCGCGCCCACUCGCAGCACCUGGCCCAGGAGCGGCAGCAGGUGGCGGAGCGGGAGCGCUCGCUCAGCCGGCAGGUGGACGUGGCCGUCAUGGUGAUCGCCGCCCUGAGGGAGCAGCUCAACGCCUCCGAGAGCGAGCUGGAGCGCCGGGAGAGGGAGGUUCUGACCAUCCAGAGGUUCCUGGAGGCCGCGGCCCGCCAGGAGACCAGCGGGAAAGUCCGGAUCCAGCGCUUCAUCGAGAACCUGCUGGGUCGGAUCGCGCUGGCGGAGAGGCUGGUGGAGUAUUACCAGGUGAACGGCGAGCGCCACAAGCAGCAGCCUGACGACGGCCGACACAGAAUCACUAAAAGCAGGUCUGCCGGGGAUCAGCUGUUCUCCGGUCUCCAUGACAACAGGACUCAGUCGUCCUGCCGGUUCGGCGGCGGGCCGCCGGGCUCCAAAGCGGGUCCGGACCGGGACCGGGAGCGCCAGGAACGCCUGGCCCAGUCCUCCAGGCUGUUCUGCCGGCCGGAGCACAGAGACGACAUCUGGAACCAGCAGCGGCGCCGGUCCACUGGGUACGAGGCCUAGAACUGUGGAGACGGCCCAGACAGACGGGCCUGAACAGAACCUCAGCAGAACCGGCUUCCCUUGGUUCCUGUAGGCGCUGAAUCGAAUUCUGCUGGUACCUUUUAGUUCUGGAUGUUUGUCUGCUGAGGUGAAGUGGACCAGAAAACAACCCGGUUCUGAUCGUUAGCAGAACCAACAGAAGUACCAACCGGACCAGGCUAAAUGUACCAGCUGUGUUCGGUUCCGGAUCAAACCUCUACAGGGCGGUUCUGGUUCUUCAUACAUCAGCACAAACCGAUCGGGUCAGAACCAAAGUAUUUAUUAAUCAGAAACUCUCCAUGUCCUCGGGUUGAACCUUUUCAUUCUGACCCGGUUCUGCAGAACCUCCAGGAGUUCAGGCAGCAGAACUUCCUGGUGGAUUUCUCUGGGCUUGGUUGCUUUUUCUGUCCUGUUUUCAACAGUUUCCAGGUUCUGAUCCAGGUUCUGAUCCAGGUUCUUCUGGACCUUAAAGAUGUGAAUCAACAUCCUGAGCAAAUAUUUUCUGUCCAACAACAGAUGUUGACCCGGUCCUCAUCACAGCGUUGGUGUUCAGCUGGUUCUGAUGGUCCGAUCGUAACCACCGUGUGAAAAAUGGGUUUAAAUGAUGUAGAACCCAACAGAACCGGAAGAGAAGGUUUGUGUUCUGAACCAGCCGAUCCUGAUUGGUGGAAAAUGUUCCGGAUGUUUCCUUCAUUCAGGUUCUGGUUCUGAUUUAUUAAAUGUUCUGUAAAUAAAACGACUCAAUAAGCUGGAAGACGACGGACAAAAACACCGAAUCCUGACAAGUUUCCCUCCAUUUUCUCUCCUGUUGCAGUGGAGUCAGCAGGUGGACGGGUCACCUGACGGGUCACCUGACGGGUCACCUGACGGGUCACCUGACGGGUCACCUGGACGGGUCACCUGAUGGGUCACCUGGACGGGUCACCUGACGGGUCACCUGACUGGUCACCUGAUGGGUCACCUGGACGGGUCACCUGAUGGGUCACCUGGACGGGUCACCUGACGGGUCACCUGACGGGUCACCUGGACGGGUCACCUGGACGGGUCACCUGACCAUCGCAGGGCCACACAGAGAGUCUCUCUCACCGAGGGAGAAUUUAAAGAACCCAGUUAACCUGACGUGUUUCUGUACUGGGAGGAAACCGGAGAACCAGAGAACCCAGCAUGGAGACUCCAUGCAGAAAGACCCCAUCGGGAAUUGAACCCGGGACCUUCAAGGCAACAGUGCUACCCACUGCACCACUGUGCGGCCCCCAGCUUCCCCCCCCACUUAUUUCUGCUCUAUUUUCUGGUGGAAAAUCUUAAUGCACUGAAAAAAGACAAACUUAUUACAAGGAGGGAAAAAUGGUUUGUUACCAGUGGAAUAAUCGACCACUAGUCAUUUCUCACUGGUUAGUUUGGUCUUAUUUCAAAUGUAUGAAGAUAUUUACACUAAAAUCUAAACUAAAAUACUUGGUAAGAUUUGGUGUUUUUGCAGUGUGAAAUAAUGUUGAGAAAAUUUUCACCAACAAACUGAAAUUUCCAGAUUAAUUUAAAUUAUUGGAUUUUUACUGAUUUGGAAAAUUUGUAAAUUUGCAAGAAAAAAAAGAUUAAAAAGCAAAAAUAUACAACAUUUAUAAACUAGAAUAAUCUAGUUCAUAAAGAUUAUUAAUAGUCACAGAAUAAUCUGACUAUUUUUAAUGGCUGUAAUUUUCAGAAGGUGAUGAUGUCCUAAUCUAAAAUCAGACGUUUCUGCCUCGUAAUCAAUUUAAAUUUUUAAUUUUCUCAUUAAUUUCCAACUUUUCACACCAGUUUUUAUUUCUUGUAAAUAUGUGAAGCUAAUUUAUAAAUUUCAGAUUUUGUGGUGUAAAUUUUCUUCGAUCUAAAAUCGCCCUGAUGCUUGGCCAGACGCUCGUCCUGACGGUGGUUUAGUGGUCGCCAUGGUAACCCCUGACCUCUGACCUGUCCUGUAAUGGAGGUUUUAGUUUUUCUAGAACGCUGUUGAAUGUUUGGUGGAAGGUAGAAACCCGUCGUGUCCAGCCUCCGUGGUAAAGCAUGCUGUAGCUGCUGGUGUCUCUAUAUCCUGCUGUGUGUUUUCUAGCAGACUAACUUUAUUUUGGCGGUCUGAGCAGGAAGUUGCACUUUGCUGGUUGUUUUCAGGCCAGGAGAUGAAUGUAGCCGACAAUCAGCUCCCCAAACGGGUCGCUGACCGGGUCUGUUCUGAGAGGCCGCUGGGUUUCCAUGUUGUGUUCGUGUCGCGUGUUCUUCCCUCGGCCCGGUUCGGUCCGUUUGGACCCAGCUGGGAGGAGUAAUCUCUAGUUUGGUGCCUUCGCUCCAGAACUCUGUAGUCUGUGAAACACUGUGAGGAGCUGCAGUCUCUGUCCUGUCAUGAUGUUCGAUGGAUUAAAGAACAAACAUGAGACCAAA